CCGACCACCGAAGAAGUCAAGGGCUGGUCCCAGUCAUUUGACAAGUUGAUGAAAAAUCCAGCUGGCAGGAACGUGUUUCGGGAAUUCUUACGGACUGAAUACAGCGAAGAAAACAUGCUCUUUUGGUUAGCGUGCGAGGAACUCAAAAGCGAAUGCAAAAAACAUGACAUUGACGAGAAAGCACGGAUGAUCUAUGAAGAUUACAUCUCCAUCCUUUCUCCCAAGGAGGUCAGCCUGGAUUCCCGCGUUCGCGAAGGCAUCAACCGCAAGAUGCAGGAGCCCUCCUUGCACACCUUCGACGAUGCGCAGCUACAGAUUUACACGCUGAUGCACAGAGACUCCUACCCCCGCUUCCUGAACUCUGCCAUAUACAAAGCUCUGCUCCAGAGUGUCUCUCGGUCAUCUUCGGAGUCUUAAGCCCUUCCGUACCAUUGAUGGAGAUGCCAAGUGAAGGGGUUUACUUUCCUAGAGCAAGUGUUUUGUCCCCCCCCCACACACACACUUUCUUCUUAAAAAAAAAAAAUCUCCCAAAUGAGCUUACAGAACAAAUAGACUUGAAGAUGUAACCCAGCUGAGUUCUGACCACAGACAAUUGUCCAGUUGUUGGGAAGCUCAGUCCGCAACUUCCGUUUUUCCUCGUUCAGAAAAGGGCCCAACGCCAGUCAACCACCAAGAACUCCAAACUCAGGCUUCUACUUCCACGACCGAACCGGCUUUGGUGACCGGUGUCUGGCCGGUCACCCUAGAGAUGGAGAACGCCGAAGGAAGCCACCAACCAGCAACCGAUUGGGAGGUGGACCUCUGGGGCAACGGGGCAGAAGAAACCACAGGCCAAAAGCCCAUUAUUAUCUCCGGAACGUUGAUCUCUCUCGGAUUGUUUUUUAUUUUAUUUUAUUUUAUUUUUAAAUUCCUUCCAUGUUCGUUAAGAAUUCUUUCCAUGGUGUUCUUGUAGACACAAAGAUCUCAAAGACGGUUCGAGUGGAAACUGCGGUUAGGCUAAUGUAAUGGGAUUAAGCAACGUUCAGAUGUUAUAAAAAUACGUUCAGGUUUUCUGC